AUGGCUGCUUCGGACUCGAAGCCGUUCUGGAAGGAUGACGAGAUCGCUGUGGACCGCGAUGGAAUCCCGCACUUUACGGGGGCCAAGCCGGAGCUGGUGAAGGAAUACCGCCGGAGGGUGCUCUUCGCCUACAACCUCGAGGGCAGCGGCGACGAUGAGGCCAAAGAAGCCCGGAGCUUGAGGAAGAAGAAAGCACGCUUCGCAAAGCGGCUCCUGGACGCUCUGCACGGUGAAGCCUGGCGUUCUUGUCAGGAUCUUCUGCUGGAUGCCGAGGGUCUACGGAAGGAGGACGGCUACAAGAAGGUUUCCGCGGCCCUGCAGUCGAUCGAGAAGGUCGGCGUCAUCAAGAAGACGGAAGCCUUCGAUCACUUCUUCGAAAGACGUCAAAUUCUGUUGGCCAACCAGUCCGACUACAGCCUGGCCGGCAUCGAGACGGCGCUUCGCGUCUCGUUCUUUGACCUCCACGAGAAGGAGAAGGGGCGAGAUUGGAGCUCGACGUCGGAUGGCGAGGUCGACGAGUCGGAUGGCGGCACGGCCAACGAUGACGAGGCCCACGACGAGGAGCACGCGCUGGAGGCCGAGGAGGACCAAGGCGAGCCGGACGAGUUCUCGGACAUGGGCGCGUCGAAUGACGACGAGGAGAUACAGCGCAACAGAGGCUUUGUGAAGAGCCGCGACGACCAAGCGGAGGACCGACGUGAGGCAGCGCAGCGUGAAAAGCAGAGGGCCAAGCCGCUGUUCUUCUCCCUGGGCGCCGACGACGAGCAAGAGGAGCAGUUCUGCAACAUGGUCCGCGACACCGACGGUGAGAAGGACAUGGACCAGGACGCCGGCGACACAUACUUAGACAAGCGUCGAAAGGAGGCCAAGGCGGACCCCGAGAGUGACAGUUCCGCUUGGGAAGCUGUGGCACCGCCUUACCCAAUGGCAAGCAGCAGCGCAGUGCCUGAGGAGUUCGCCCCUUUCGUGCCCAGGCGUGACGCCCAGAAGCCCAAGGAGAAGGACCAGCACAUCAUUGUCAGCGUGCCAGCCGACAAGAUCAAGAAGAUCCACGUCAAGUCCUUGGCUCUCGCUCGGCCAGCAGGUGUGGAGGAGAUGAGGGUCAGGGAGUUGCAAGCCGAUUGUGACCGUUGGGGCAUUGCCGUUUCCGGGUCAAAGUCAGAGAUCUUGCUUCGACUUCGUCGUCUUUAUGGUGGCGAGAUGGUGCUGCAGAAGGGACUCCACCACAGCAUCGACGGCUACCGGCACCACGACGGCGAAGGCAUCGGCGGGCAGAAUGCCUAUGACUACGCCGGCGGCUACCAGAACCACGACGGCAACGGCACGAGCUUCGGCGGCAGGACACGGAGGUGGAAGUGCACCGGCCUCAGCCCCAGCUUCUUCGAUGGCCAGUCUUCCGGGAGGAUGGCUUUUCGCGAGAUCGAGUUCGACAAGCCGGUGGCCGAAGUUGUGUGUCGCUACUGUGGCUGCAGCAUGGUUCCUCGGCGCCGCAAGGAUGGAACAGCCUUCUUUUUCGGGCGCCUCAACUUCGGCAAGUCCAAGUCCUGCACCUUUGGACACAACAUGGACGAAGGACGAGCUUAUGUUGCCAAUGGCGGGGCUUGCAAGAAUCCGAAUUCGAUUGAUGAGCCCAAUGUAGUCCCUUUGAAUUCAAGCAGCGCAGACUGGAACGAGGCACUGGCAGGUACCAAUUUGGACCGGCAUCUUCUUGAAGACCGAGAAGGUCAUAUCAACGAGGCCCGUGUGGCCCUUCUGGACACGGCGUGCACGGCUUGCCUUCACUCGAGGAAAUGGAGACAGGCCUACAGCUCAACGCUCCCAAGUGGUUACCAGUGCACCGCCACCAAGUCCAAGAAAGCCUUUCAUUUCGACAAUGGCGAUUGUGAGAACCAAAUGGUGGUUUGGCGCAUACCAAUUUUUCUCCAAGGCGUGGCUGGCGAGGUGCACUCUGCCGAGCUUGACGCCGGCGCCACCCCACUUCUUUUCUCGAUCCCCGCGACGCAGGCGUUGGACAUGGUGCUUUACAUGAAGGACCUGAAGGUUGGCAUCCGGACACUUGACCUCGAGAUGUCCACGCAGGUCACUCGUUCCAAGCACAUAGCUCUGGACAUUGCUUUUGAUCCCUCCUUGAGCGCACAAGAGGUCCCACGAGAAGACAUGGGCGACUUCGUGGUCUACUUUGUGGACGAAGCGCGGCUGCCGAUACUUCACCUAUGCGCCUUUCCUGUGGAGGCGGAAGCUUUCUGGAAUCAGGGCAAGUCGGCGCCCAACCUUGGACCCCGAGGCGUGCAGACCAACGACAAGGUUGGGGAGUUGAAGCAGAGGCGGGUUGCCGAGUUUCAGAGAGCGGCACGGAACCACCAGUUACGGGAUCAGCGUGCUUGGUCAGCUUUGAGGCGUGACUUCACCAUGGCAGAGCAGCACGCCACCCGUGGCUUCAAGGACACCGUGAUUUUCGAACCUUUUGCCGGCACCUUCGGCAUCACUCGAAUGGCGGCGGAGGAGUUCGGCUGGACAU